AUGUCAUCCAUAUUCGCGCCAUCGCGUCGCUCGCUACGAUAUAGCGGGCCUGACUCACUCGCCGACGUUAACAUUAUCGUGGACGACGACAUCUAUCAUCCGGUAUCAAACCCCGAUGGGAUUAUCAACUUGGGCACCACAAUAAAUCCUCUCAUGUCAGACAUUGUGGAUGAGUUCCUCAGGACUAGAUACAAGGUUCAUUCCGAACUAGCCAUCAUGUAUAACCACACUAGCGGGUCGCCCGCCCUUCGAGCUACUGUUGCAGACCUCAUCAAUCGCCACUUUACUCCGUCCAAGGAGGUUCAACCUCAGAAUGUCAUUGCAGCCAAUGGACUCACGGGUUUGAUUAACUCGCUCGCCUACACCUUGCUGGAGGACAACGAGUCCAUCUUGAUGCCGACUCCGGCAUAUAACCUAUUGGUCACAGCUACAGAAAAGCGAAAUGACAUACACUGUGUAUUUGCGGAUACGGAAGAUAUCGACCAGUUUUGUUCCACGGAUAUUGAUGACUACCUUGCGGCGUUCUCGGCUGCUAUUGAUCAAGCAUCUGACAGGGGGAAUCCGGUCAAGGCGAUUCUGUUGUGCAAUCCGCAUAAUCCGCUGGGCAGGUGCUAUGAACGAAAGGUUUUGAAAGCUGUGCUAGAGUUCUGCCACCGGGGACGGCUUCACUUGAUUGUGGACGAGAUAUAUGCACUUUCUGCGCUGGACGGAUCGUUCUGUAGCGCACUAAGCCUGGAGGCACUGCCAACGGAUAAUGUCCAUGUUCUCUAUGGAAUAAGCAAGGACUGGGGAUUUAACGGGCUGCGCCUUGGUUUCAUGAUCUCACGGAAUAAGUUGGUAUUGGACACUAUGAAACAGGCUGUUGGGCGCUUCACCCGAUUCUCCUCAUUAUCGGAACAGUUUUACAUCGACUACCUCUCGGAUACGGCGUUCAUCGACGACGUGUAUCUUCCUACUCUUCGUAGGCGCAUUCGAGCGACCAAGUCCGUGGCCGAGUCCUUUUUGUCUGAUGUACACAUCCCAUACACACCCUCCUGUGCUGGAUUCUUUCUUUGGGUCGAUCUCCGCCGUUGGAUUUGUCAUUUUCCCGCGACGGAUGAUCAGGAAACUCCUGAGAUUCAACUGGCGCACCAUCUGAUCCAGCACCGCGUGUUCCUUCAGCCGACAAAGGCCUUUGUCACGAAGCAGCAGGGUCAUUUCCGCUUCUCAUACAGCCGGGACCAGCCGGUGCUACAGGAGGGGUUACGUCGGCUGGGGACAGCAUUAGCUGCACUGGAGCCUCCAUUGGGCCAUAAACAUCGGCUGUGA